AUGCCCUCCGAGCCUACCAGAUGGCCAGCAAAGACUGUGCGCGACACAUUUCUGAAUUUCUAUAAUGAGAGAAAUCAUGUGUUUGUUCCAUCCUCCUCGGUCAUCCCUCACAACGACCCAAGUUUGUUGUUUACCAAUGCUGGAAUGAACCAAUACAAGUCUAUCUUCCUUGGUACUGUCGACCCAAACGCCGAUUUUGCCCAUUUGAAACGCGCGACCAACUCCCAAAAAUGUAUACGCGCAGGGGGCAAACACAACGACCUGGAUGACCGCGAGGCUAUUGAGUACUCUUGGGAUCUACUCAUUCGUGUCUUUGAGCUGGAUGCCAGCAGACUCUACGUCACCUAUUUCGAAGGCUCCUCAUCCCUAGGUCUUCACCCUGACAGCGAUGCAAAGCAGUUGUGGCGUCAGAUUGGUGUACCGGAUGACCAUAUACUACCCGGAAAUAUGAAAAAUACCUUUUGGGAAAUGGGAAGGCAAGGGCCCUGUGGGCCUUGUAGUGAGGUCCAUUACGAUCGCAUUGGUGACCGCAAUGCUGCACACCUCGUUAACAUGGACGACCCCAAUGUUGUUGAGAUCUGGAAUAUUGUCUUUGGCAAGACCUCGAAUUAUGACACAGAUCUCUGGAUACCUCUAUUUGAGAAAAUACAAGAUAUCACCGGUGCACGCCCGUACCAAGUGAUGUUUGGUGCUGAUGACGAUGGCAUUGAUACUGCCUAUCGGGUUGUGGCUGACCACGCUCGUACUUGCACGAUCGCGAUCUCUGACGGUGCGAUUCUUGAUAGUGUCGGUCGGGGCUAUGUGAUAAGAAGGAUCCUGCGACGUGGUGUACGCUACGCCAGGAAGUAUCUCAAUGCAGAGAUUGGCUCUUUCUUCUCAAAGAUUAUACCCACAGUUGUCGAGCAGCUUGGAGAUAUCUUUCCCGAGGUUCGUGUCAAGGAAGAGCUUGUGAAACAGAUUCUGAAUGAUGAAGAGCAUGCCUUCGCAUUAACCCUUGAUCGCGGAGAAGCAAUAUCUGUAAAGUACGCCCAAAAGUGUCAUCACAUUGGCUCAAAGAUCUUCCGGGAGAUGAUGUAUGGCGCCUUUACGACACAUGGAUUCCUCAUUGAUCUAACGAAGCUGAUGGCUGAGGAGCAAGGUCUAAAUAUUGACUUGGAUGAAGUGUCCGCCGCCCAGGAGAACCCCCGGGAGGCUAGCAAAGCCGCAUUAGAAAACAUGCCCGGCUUGAAGAGAACCGAUGAUACGUCAAAGUACAUCGAAGGCCCAGUCAGGUCAAUCAUUCGGGCCCUAUACUACAACAAGAGUUUCGUUGACAGUACAUCCGAUGUGCCAAACGAUGCGCGAUUUGGUAUCCUCCUGGAGAAAACGAAUUUCUACGCCGAAUCGGGUGGUCAAAUCUACGAUACCGGGCGAUUCAUUAUCGCCGGCGUUGCUGAAAUGACUAUCACCAAUGUUCAAUCAUAUGGGGGCUACGUACUACAUACUGGCUAUUUGAAAUAUGGUGUUAUGAAUGUUGCUGACAUGGUGACCGCUGAGAUUCAUCAAAUGCGACGACAGCCAGUACGCCUCAAUCAUACAGGUACGCACAUUCUGAAUUUUGCAUUACGAGAAAUAUUGGGUCCAGAUGUUCAUCAAAAAGGAUCAUUGGUUACCCCCGAGAAAUUACGCUUUGACUUCUCUCUCAAAUCCGGGCUCAGCGAAAUCGAAAUUCAGAAGCUCCACAAGCUCUCUCGGCAGGCUAUCGAGGACGAUCAGCAAGUAUUUGUUGCGGACGUUGCAUUAGGAAGCGCGCGCCAAAUUGAAAGCAUUCGCACAAUACCUGGGGAGACAUACCCCGAUCCCACCAGGGUCGUCUCUGUCGGAGUGCCUGUCAACACUCUCCUUGCCAAUGUUUUCAACAAAGACUGGUGGAAGUACAGUGUUGAAUUUUGCGGCGGCACCCAUGUUGAGAGAACAAGUGAGAUUGAGGACCUUGUCAUUAUCGAUGAGUCCGGAAUUUCCAAGGGAAUCCGGCGAAUUGUAGCUGUCACUGGCCAAGCGGCAUACGAAGCCCGACAGAAUGUAGUCCGUCUAGAGGAGCGUUUAGUGAGCAUCGAAAGCAUGGAUACCUCUCCUGCAAAAGAGACACUUGCCAGGCAGACACAAACCGAAAUGGCUUCACUGCCCAUUUCCCUUACGGAUCGAAAACAGUUCACCAAGCGACUCGAAGAAUGUGCCAAGAGAAUGAUAAAAGAGCAAAAGGAAAUUCAGAAAUUGCAACUUGAAAUCUUGAUCACGAGCCCGAACGAGACCGCAUUCGUUUUCAAAAUCCCAGUUGCUUGUUCCGCCCGAAGCAUCACAGAGGCUAUAAAAUAUGUCGCCUCUAACCAUGACGACAAGAGCGUGUACUUCAUCGGCAUCGAUGCUACCGGCAAACGAGUUUCACACGAAUGUUUUGUUGCCCCUGUGCAUGCGUCAUAUGGCCUCAUAGCAAAUGAAUGGACGGCAGAAGUUGCGAAUUUUAUAGGUGGAAAAACCGGUGGAAAAGGCACUACAAGCGUUGGGAAUGGGGCCGAAGAGGCCAAGAUAGAGGAUGGUCUCACCACUGCGAGAAUGUACCUCGAGAACUUGAAGAUUUGA